AAGGCUUUGUGAAAACUGCUUUGCCUCAAACACAGGAUGUGAUCCCAGUGUUCCUGGUUGCUUGAAUGUAGUUGUUGUAGUGCAGAGGAAGGAACUUAUCAGGAGUUUCCUUUAAAAGAGGAAAGAGGCAAACAUUUUUGAGCUGAAAGAGAGACACAGUAGAAGAAAAGUUGGAGCAGUCCCGUGCAGUUGUGAUGUAUAUGUUGUUGGAUUACGUGCAGGUCUUCUUCUUUGGCCAUCCAUUUUAAAAGAUAAUUCCGCCUUUUGGAUGGUGAGGAGUAUCUUUUAGAAUCAAUAUCUCAGAGGAGGAUGUCUGUGUCGGGAAAGAAGGAAUUUGAUGUGAAGCAGAUCCUCAGGCUCCGCUGGCGCUGGUUCAGCCAUUCAUCCCAAGGUUCAACUGGCAGUGGAGGCGGUGGCGUUGGAGGGGUGGGAGGAUACAUCCAGCAGGAUGGCCUGGACCCCAGAGUGGCUCCUGUCCAGGGCCGACUGAAGAGUCACUCGAGGGAAAGAGGUGUUGGAGGUCUGAGGAAGACUAACAGCCCCGUUCACAGCAUCUCGGCGCCAAUGCCAGGGCCAACACCUGUAUGUGUCAGAUCUGGUCAUCAAUCAUGGCACCAUCAGCAGAACACCAUCCAGGGUCUCCAGGUCAAUGAGGAAUCUUCAAAGGGCAGCUCCUUGUCUAGCACCACAAGGAAAGAGGAUGUCAGCACUGGCCACGAAGACAUAAAGAACAGCAAAGAGGAGCCAACAGAGGUGGAGGCCAGAGAGAGGUUGGCUCUGAGCACCUUCCCCAGAAUGAACACCAACUCCUCAGAUGAGUUUUUCCAAGCCACAAAUCAUGCAGAACAGACUUUCCGCAAGAUGGAGACCUACCUCCAGCACAAGCAGCUGUGUGAUGUCCUCUUGAUAGCGGGGGAUCAUAAGAUACCAGCUCACAGACUGGUCCUGAGUGCUGUGUCCGACUACUUUGCCGCUAUGUUCACCAGUGAUGUAAGAGAGGCGAAGCAGGAGGAGAUCAAGAUGGAAGGAGUCGAUCCAGAGGCCCUCAGGUCCCUGGUUCAUUUUGCCUACACUGGCGUCCUUGAGCUGAAAGAGGAGACCAUUGAGAGUUUAUUGGCGGCAGCUUGCCUCCUCCAGCUUUCACAAGUCAUCCAGGUUUGCUGUAACUUCCUGAUGAAACAGCUUCAUCCAUCAAAUUGCCUGGGAAUACGCUCCUUUGCAGACGCCCAGGGAUGCGUGGAUCUGCUCAAUGUAGCUCAUAACUACACCAUGGAACACUUCCUGGAGGUCAUACAGAAUCAGGAGUUCCUGCUCCUCCCCACGCCUGAGAUUGUUAAGCUGCUCUCCAGUGAUGAUAUCAACGUCCCCGAUGAGGAAACCAUCUUCCAGGCUUUGAUGAUGUGGGUACGGUAUGAUGUCCAGCAUCGACAACAGGACCUUGGGACACUCCUGGCCUUCAUCCGCCUGCCUCUUCUUCCUCCACAGCUUCUUGCAGAUCUGGAAAACAACAAGAUGUUCUCUGAUGAUUUGGAAUGCCAAAAGCUGCUGAUGGAAGCUAUGAAGUACCAUCUCCUGCCUGAAAGACGUCCCAUGUUUCAGAGUCCAAGAACCAAACCGAGAAAGUCCACUGUGGGUGCACUUUAUGCUGUAGGAGGGAUGGAUGCUACCAAAGGCUCCACAACCAUAGAGAAGUAUGACCUGCGGACUAACACAUGGCUCCAAGUUGGAGUCAUGAAUGGACGCCGGCUGCAGUUUGGUGUGGCAGUGAUAGACAAUAAGUUGUAUGUAGUCGGAGGAAGGGAUGGACUCAAGACAUCCAACAUGGUGGAGUGCUACAAUCCCAUCGGUAAAGUGUGGUCCACCAUGCCCCCCAUGUCGACGCACAGACAUGGUCUUGGUAUUGCUGUGCUGGAGGGCCCUAUGUAUGCUGUGGGAGGCCACGAUGGUUGGAGCUAUCUCAACACAGUGGAGCGCUGGGACCCACAGGCCAGACAGUGGAACUACGUGGCCAGUAUGUCAACACCAAGGAGCACCAUGGGAGUCACAGCACUCAACGGGAAACUGUUUGCUGUAGGUGGUCGAGAUGGCAGCUCCUGUCUGAGGUCAAUGGAGUGCUUCGAUCCGCACACCAACAAGUGGAGCAUGUGUGCUCCAAUGGCCAAGAGGCGAGGAGGAGUGGGUGUGGCGACAUACAACAACUUCCUGUAUGCUGUAGGCGGACACGACGCCCCCGCUUCCAACCACUGUUCUCGACUCUCCGAUUGUGUUGAGAGGUAUGACCCAAAGACAGACACGUGGACCACUGUAUCCUCACUCAGUGUUCCUCGGGAUGCAGUGGGUGUUUGCCUGCUUGGUGACAGGCUUUAUGCUGUGGGUGGAUAUGAUGGCCAGUCAUACCUCAACACUGUGGAGUCCUACGAUGCGCAGAACAAUGAGUGGACUGAGGAGGUCCCUCUCAACAUUGGCAGGGCAGGCGCUUGUGUGGUGGUGGUAAAAUUGCCUUGAGCAUCUUUUUUCCCAACAACAACAUGAGAAACAAAUGAGAGAACAGCGAAGAAGAACGGACACACAAAACAAGAGAUCGAGGACUCAUCCUUUGAGAGUCAUGCUUUCGUUUUUUUUUCUCCCCCUUUUAACGCAGCUUUCCAGAUUUUUCAGAGGGAAAUGCAGACAACCCAUAAACCAUUGUUUUUUUAUCAUUAGUGGACAUGUCUGCCCACAAGGGAGGACUCCGCAUUCUCAACCAAUCAAGUAUUUUCAUAGACUUGGCUAAGCUGUAGCCAGAGCCAAGCCUUUGUUGUACUGGUUUGUUAUACUAGUUUUAUGAAGAGUUCAAUGUAUGUCCAUGAGAUUAAAUGCAAAAGUUACACUUUGAGUAAAUAACCCUGCAGGUUAGUUUACAUCUAUACAGAGACUUUUCUUAACAGUGUCAUCACAUACAGUAUAUUUUUGGGUUUAUAGUUCACUUUAUAACACUGAAAUGAAGAUUGUUAUAAUACAUUAAUGUAAACGUGUCUAUCACUGUCUUCCCUUAGUGGGUGGUCUGAACAGAUCCUUACCGUUUCAGCGAAGAAGACCACUGUGAACACUGAGGGUGAUGAGUUCAUGCAGGCUGGUUUGAAGAACAGAAAUGAAAUCAAACUUUUUUGCUGAGUAAUAUAUUUGAACAUUUUCUUCACUUCUUUUUUUUUUUUUUUUUUUUUUUAAUCGAGCCUGUAGCUACUGAACACCAAAGUCAUUUGCUUGUCUUUAAGUCUUGUUACACAUUAAAGUUUACAAAAUUGUGAAUUGCAGAAAAUAUAUCAUAUUGAUAUUUCACAGUGCUGUACAGAUUUUUGUGAACUUUCAGAAACUACAUUUGUGAUGAUAGAAUCAUGCCUAAAUCAGUGCACUUUGGUGACUACAGUUAAUAUUCCAGAAUUUGUCUGGGCAUGCCAGCUGAGUAAAUGUUUUAUUUGAUAUAUUCAGUAUCAUAUAUCAAUAUCACUGUUUGUUCUGUAUUUUUGAGGAUGUGAUGCCUUUUGGGUCAUUGAGAUGAUCUUAUUUGCAACACAACCAUUGGAUUAACACUGAAGAAAGAGGAAACUACAGCUAAGCGCCACCAGACGCACCCAAACCAGCUAUCUGAGGCUAUGAACAAGCAUUGUUUCACAUACGCAGGACUUGGAAACCUGAUUUUCGCAUAACCUCACUCAUGUGAUUUUAAUUAAAAUUUUUAGAUUUGUAGUUGGUUCUGUUAAAAAAAGUAAAACAUUACUCACUUGAUCACAAUGAGAACAAUUUCUAAUUGUAACUGUAUCAUGUUUUGGGGGCCAAAUGUUACUUUAUAUGCUUUUAUCAUACUUUUGUACAGCAUGUAAACCUAUAAAUAAAAUUACUUCAGUCUUCUCUGCAUGUUCAAAUCCAUGUUUGGAGAUGAAUGUGGCCCCUUAGCGGGCAGAUUUUGAUUUCCCUUGUUGUUCGGCUUUAAAUAAACUAAACUGAUUCUUUGACUAAA